AUAUAAGCCGCUCACCUGCCCGCAGAGCUCUGUUGCUUGAGGAUCACCCUACUGAAGACCGUCAAGAUGGUAGGUGCUGUGAAGAGAUUAAUUUAUGGAAUAGUUAGGCACUACUAGGGUUGAAGGUUUGUAUAUUUGAUAGGCCUGAAUUAAUUGGUAAGGGUGAGCUUAGUACUGAGGACAAAUGUGUUCUUAUACCUCUAAGCAUUUUCCUUUUAGUCAAGGACAUAAAUCUGCGUUCAUUUAUUUUGUUAUUCCUCGUCUGAGUUACGAGAUUCGACCAAACGUAGAAGAGGAUUUUUUUUCCCCUUUUUACUGCCACAUUGUACGGACAGUUGUAAUUAAGGAUAUGCUCUAAUAAAUUAAAAAAUACAAUGAAUUUCACAUAUUUAAACCUUUUAAAACAGUCAAAGGGUUGAAUAUUUGCGAGUUAAAGGUUUUUAAUGAGGUUCAGAUUACUUAACUUGACAUUAACAUUCAUUUGCCAGAUUGUGGGGCAGUAUUAAGAGCAUUUUGUUCUUUUAAUCAAUUUGCAUUCACUCCAUGGCACAGUUAUAUUUUUGUCUGUCAAAGUAUUUUAUGAUCACAAGCUGCUUUAACCUCCCUGAAUCAUAGGAAUACUGUAAGUUUAAAAGGUUUCCAAGGGCAUCAAAUCAAAUGGAAUACAUGAACUUGUAGGGUGACACUCACUGCAACUAAAUAAAAUGUUCUAAUGGCCAAAAUUGAGAUUACUGCAAUGUAUAUCCACUUAAUUACUCUACAGUACUUUACCUGUGCAGUCAAAUAUAAACCAGCUCUGUGGUGGGAUAGGGGCUAAUUUCAAAGACUAUGAACUGAUAUACUGUAAGUGGGUGUGGUAAAGGUACACAGGGUUUAGGAUGAUAAAAUUCACGAGCAGAGGCUCAAGCAGAAGAUAAAAAGGACAAAAGUGACUGAGAUUUACAGCUGUAAUGAUUAGACAACCAGGUUCACCAACGGUCCAGAAAUUCCUACGUGUAAGUCCGAAAAGCAUUGUCAGUUUUAACUGACAGUUUUUUACUAAUCUUCUCACUGCAGUCGAACUCCCACGCACUUUAGUGAUCUGUGUCACGGGUAUCCCUGUAGUGUCAACAGAUAUAAUGGCCAUGUUUUUUAUGGUUUUAUUGUCUCUGUAAUGAUUACAUGCAUUGACAAAUAUGCCGCCUUCCUGUUUCCAAGGGGGGACAGUUGCAUCCUGGUUGAUCAUCAACAGCUAAGAUAAGCGUAACUCGGAUCAUUGAUUUUCUCACCAGUGUACAUUGUAGAAAAAGACGGCAUUUGUCUUUCAAAUCAUAGAAAAAUGUAGGCCCGUAACAUUUAGAUUAGAAGAUUGCUUGGACAUGUCCUCUGGCUGGAACUGAAAGACUGUUUGAAGGACCAGAGUAGACAUGUUUUGAGGGUUCAGCCCAGUGCAGUAAAAUCUUGUCCCAAACUCUUCUAAAUAUAUUUGGCUUUGUAUCAUUUUCACAAAGAAAAUGUAACAUGACUUAUUUCCUGCAAAUUUCUCAUGUAAGUCUAGAUAGCGAUCAAACACCCAUUGUUAUUAGAGCUCAUAUUCCUCUCUGUUCUUUCCCUUUACAGUUGAUCACAGACAUGGGGUUUGUUUCCGGGCAGGAGCUCAAGAUCCGUGCCAAGCCUUCAGAUGACUGCAACAGGUAGGUUGCCCUCAUCAGAUAAGAUAGGUAAGAAAUAAAAGGAGUUGAAUGUGGAUCCAUGAGGAAGUUAGUCUGAGCAUACAGAAGACAAGUUAAUGCUUCAUCCACUUCUUCCUCUUUUCAUUGCACUCUUUUGACCUGUAUGUUUCCUUCCUCCUCUCAGCUUUUCCAUCAACAUCGGUCAUGAUGCUGACAACAUCGCCCUGCACUUCAACCCUCGUUUUGACCUCAACGGCGUUACAGACACCAUUGUCAUCAACUGCAAGUCUGGGGGAAGUUGGGGUGAGGAGCAGCGAGAAGAAAACUUCCCCUUUACCUGUGGAGAGGAGAGCAAGGUGUGGUGUUGGCCAGUUUUUCUGUGUUCUUUCAAAUUCCAAAGGUUCAGUCUGGUAACAGAUAGUUUUGUUGAGUAGCCUUUGACAAUAUAUGCAAAUCAAACAGGCAUAUCAUGAUAUCAUCAUCAUCAUAUCCCCUUACGUUCAUGCAAGUAACUAACAUGCUUCAGCAUAUGAAGUACUCUUUUAAUGUGUUGUUUAAAACUAAACAUUUCAUACAUUGUUGGGAAGAUUUGAUGGGCUUUUUCCAGGUCUGUAUCAGCCAUAAGAUAAAGAUUUUAGUCCUCUAUUUUUCUCUCAGUGCAUUUUAUCAAUUUUAUCAUUGUCAGGAUAAUCAGUUUAACUACAAUCUAACUAUAGCACAUACUAUAAUAAUGCAUAUAUUAUUAUACUAGGGAUGAUGCAAAUUACUACUGAUGAUAACCAUCUUUUUAUGUAUUAAUUAACCAUUAAAAGUAAGUAUUUCAUAAUACCAUGAGUAACUGGUCAUAAAAUGGAUAAGAGACAAAGUCAAAGCAGUAGCUGCAGCCGGACAUGAUUCAGCACUUAAAAAACCGGCAUUCCAAGAUUUAUUGUGAAUCCAAAUACAAUGAAAGGCAAAAUUAGCAAAUAGAAACAGGUUAUUGUGGUUUCAAGUUACUGCAAAAAGCCUAUCCCUUAUCUACAGCUGGUUUUCACAUGUGUUGUGAGACGGAUCCUGAUCUAAAAGGCAUUUUCUGCAGGAAUUUGUAAAAAUUUGUAGUCUGUAGUCUCAUGUUGGCUCAUGUUUCCUAACAGCUUUUGCAAUAGAGGUUACUUAUGAGGUUGUUAUCUUUUCUGUGACACUAAGACUCUUAGGUCAACAGACAUUGAGCCAUUCAGUCAUGAGGUGCUUUUUAGUGGCUUAUAAAACUUCAUUGCCCCUACAUGAGGAGUGUCCUGGUGUACCUUAGUGAUUAUUUUGCUUGUCUUUUGCAUUGAAUGAUAACUGGAACUUUUGAAGCUGAAAGAUAACUUUGUGUGUUGUCUUGGUUUUCUUACAGUUUUACAUCAAUUACAACAUGGAAUGUUUCUAUAUCAAGCUCCCCGAUGGCAGCAUGAUCGACUUCCCAAACCGCCUGGGUGAUGUCAAAUAUGACUACUUCAGGGUCGACGGAAUGGCCCAGUUCAUUGGCUUCAAAAUGCAGUAGAUGGCGAACUCCUCGUGACCUUUCCCUCCCUUUUUGUUUGUUGUUGGUAAAGUCUGUGUUAAACCUCAUAUCAAGCCCAGGCCUCAAGAUGUCAUAAGAGAUCCCUACAAACAUGGAGUGCUGAUGUUGUAAGAGCAAUCAGCCCAAAGAGGGAGCCAAAGCACCUGUGUGUCUGCACAUAUGUCAGGGGUCUCUGAGCUUGUUAAUAAAUGCUGUGCAAAAAAAA